AUGAUAACGAUAGUAAUAACAACAACAGCGGUGGUGACAGUAGAAGCUGAAACCAAUGAUGACUUUCUGGAUCUUCAACGCUCCAGAAGUGUUGUUACACCCAAUGCUCAGGAAAGGGGUUUUGGACCACAACUUAUCGGUCGGAGUGUAUCCGGUGUGAGAGUAACAUCAGUUUCCUCCAGUACCUCAGCUCAUACAUCGCGAGAUAGCCAGCCGCCGGCGCCGUCAUCAGCCGCUAUUUUGGCCAACAGUAACGCCAAACUAUCGGAACUGCAACGUAAUAAUAGGCUAACAGUCGACGAUCUGAACAAUCCUAACUUCGAUGAGGCCAUAGCGGCCAUCAUCGAUGAGAACGGUGGGGUACACCUUAAUGAUGGUCCGGGAAAUAUCUUCCAAUUGGUUAAUCAAGAGCCCAGUGGUAGCGAUAAAGAGGUUAACAUAUUUGCCGGCAGUGAACUCAAACAAAAUCAACGAAGAGGACUAUCAAAUAACCAUUUGAAUCAUAUCAGUCGUACCAAUGGAUCAAUACCACAGUCGACAAAUCAUAGGGGUGGCAGUCGUUUUCUACCGACACCGCGCACUGUUUCGCAACACAAUCCAUACAUACCAAACACAUCCAGAGAUAGCAACAACGUUAAUGUCCGAUAUGUAGAUACAUCAGCUCAGAGAUCAGUUGCCACUAGCAAUAGAUCGCCCCGUCAGCGGAUACACAUAAUCGUCAACAAUAGGACACAAGUCCAAGAAAUACCGAUCGACGAUCCGAUAGAUUUUCAGCGCAUUCCAGCCAUCCAUCAGUCGCUUCCUCCAAGUCCUCCGGCAAAUAAUCGAUAUUCAAAUCCAAGACCUGUUCCUACUGCCGUUGAUCACAAUCGUCGCCCCAUUACAGUGUCGAGUGGACAACGGCAACAACAACAACAAAAUCCACGGUCAAUCCAAACAACCACUGAGCGACCGGUGCGCACAACUGAAAGAGCUGUACGAACACACAAUUCAGAGGUACAAUAUGUAUCGGUAAACGACAGACGACAACCCACAACAAAUCAUAGGGGUUUCAGUCAGGCUUCCGCUGAUUACGGCAUUCAACCUGAGAUUGUUUCGGCAAGACGUGAGACAAUACCUCAGCGUCCACCCCCUGUCUACCGAACACCCGAACCCUUUUCCACAGCCAUGGCCUGCAACCAAAAGGCCUGUCGAUUGCCAGACUGUUUCUGUUCCGGAUCUGACAUUCCAGCUGGACUACCUGUCAAUCAAGUGCCUCAAAUAAUAAUGAUGACGUUUGAUGAUGCUGUCAAUGAUAUCAAUUGGCACAUCUAUGAGGAUAUCUUUCAGCCGCAUCGGACAAAUCCAAACGGAUGUCCAAUUAGAGCCACUUUCUAUGUGUCACACGAAUGGACCGAUUAUGGACAGGUGCAGACACUUUACUCCCGGGGUCACGAAAUGGCAUCGCAUUCAGUAACACAUAGUUUCGGUGAACGGUUCAGCAAAAACCAAUGGAAUAAAGAAAUCAAUGGUCAGCGAGAGAUACUGCAUCUGUACGGUGGGGUCAAUCUGGAAGACAUCAGAGGAAUGAGAGCACCGUUUCUUCAGGGGGGCGGAAACAAACAGUUUGAAAUGCUAUACGACGCUAAUUUUACAUACGACUCAACAAUGCCAGUGUUUGAAAACAACCCGCCCUACUGGCCAUUCACAUUGGACUUUGCCAGUAGUCACGAAUGCAUGAUAGCUCCCUGUCCUACCAAAUCAUUUCCAGGACUUUGGGAGAUAGGAAUGGUUAUGUGGCACGACUUGCGAGGCGGUCGAUGCUCAAUGGGAGAUGCCUGUAGUAACCCGACCGAUGAAAACGGUGUAUUUGAGAUGAUUAUGAAAAACUUUAAGCGUCACUACCAGUCGAAUCGGGCGCCGUUUGGCAUAUACUAUCACUCGGCCUGGUUUAACACCGAUCACCAUAAACGGGGAUUCAUACGAGUUAUCGAUGAACUACUUAAAUAUAAAGACGUCUACUUUAUGACUAAAUAUCAGGCCAUCCAAUGGAUGCGUAACCCAAAACCGGUACACGAGCUACACAAGUCAUCAGCUGUCCAGUGCGGCCCACAAGUGUUGGCCAAUAGGCCGCCGCCGUGUCUGCAGCCAAACAUUUGUAACGUUGACUCGAAAAGUGGGUCCCGUUUCUUGAAAACUUGUCAGCCCUGUCCAAAAACGUAUCCCUGGGUGGGCAACACUGGCUUUGCUAAGUCAUAAGUUUGUAAUUAUUGUAGG